AUGCUAUAUUGGAAAACACGUGAAUACUUUGAUAAUUUUCGAUGUACAUUUAAUAAGGAUAUGACAGCUCUUGCCAAGGAUUUACUUGUUAAAAACUGUGAUCCAACGGAUGAAAAUAUCGAACAAUUCAUUGCUGGUAGAGUUUGGCGACAAAAACUUAGCAAGUACCUUGAAUAA